GUAGUGAGAUAGAUUCCAAUUCUUGCUCAACAGCUCUUCUCAUGACAUAAACAUCCAUCCCUGACUAUCUCUUCGGUAUCGCCAAUGAUUGGCAAAACCCUUCCCGAGUACAUCUUCAUCCGAGCUGCAAUCACUGCUCUCCGUCUUGUAGCCCCUGUCAGCAUUCUCUACCUUGUGGUUUCUGCGUAUCGUCAUUCUUUUCUUAUUUCUCCGUGGAUAUCUUUCUUUACGAUACCCGAGGCAUUAUUCCAUCUGUUUGUCUUUCUUCCUCGAAGGAAGACGUUAGCUAAGCCAGCAACCUAUGCCCCCCAACUCCUCACAAAGGAAGAACGCAAAGCACUGUUUACUCGUUGCUUCAGAACGGUCUUUGAUAUAUCCCAGUGGUUUCUUUGCUCCGACAUUCUUUCAAUCAAGAGGGAAAAUGUUAUCGACUGGCUUCUCUGGGGCUUUUUCUCACAUGAUGGCAAGAACGCCGAUGAAAUGGAGCAAUGGAGAAGCGAAAUAGACGACUUCAUUUCUGCUCUCGAAGUUAAAGCGCUCGCGGGGGCGAACUUUGAGGAAGGACGAAAUAAGAGCAUCAAUUGCAUGCGGCUAACAUUUGACCCAGUCGUAGUGCUGCAUCGGCCGCUUAUUUGGUAUACUAUCGUAUGCUUCGUUGACAUGUACACAGCUGGCCACUUGGCAUCCCUGGGUUUCCGACACUACGCCCCCAAGAAAUGGUUCCAAGCCUUUCCACCCCGUCCCUUCAGCAUUUUUUCACGUGCUUCAACGGGACUGCAUGUACCGUAUUGGUACCGUCCACAUCGAUCAACAAUCAAGAACCCUGUGAUUUUCAUUCACGGAAUAGGCAUAGGAUUAUACCCGUACAUUUCAUUCCUUCGUGGACUUGUAGCGUCGGAUCCUGAUGUGGGCAUACUGCUCAUCGAAAUCCUGCCUAUCAGUAUGCGCAUGACGUCAAUGCCGGUAUUGCCUCGUCCGGCGAUGCUAGAUGAAUUCUACGCCAUCACAUCGUCGCUGAACAUCACUCGGGCGGUGCUGGCGUCGCACUCUUAUGGAACUGUGGUUGCCGGUCACAUAAUGCGGUCGCAACAAGCCACCGAGGGCCCGCCACCGCCGACCAAGAUUACGGCAUACUGUUUUAUCGACCCCAUCCCAUUUCUUUUACAUCUUCCUGAUAUUACUUAUAAUUUCCUUUAUCGUACUCCCAAAGACGCAAACGAGUGGUUACUUUGGUAUUUUGCCAGUCGCGAUGCUGAUGUGGGCCGGACGCUGGCUCGUCAUUUCUUUUGGGCCGAAAAUGUGAUGUGGAAAGAAGAUCUAGAGGGAGAGAACGCCGCCGUGGUGUUAUCAGGGGAAGAUCAAAUCGUUCCAACAAGGAAAGUAUGGGAGUAUCUAACAGAUCAACCUCACGGAAGGGAGAGGUGGGUCAAAGAAGAUGGAAAACUGGAGGUGCUGUACUUUGAUGGCGCAGAUCAUGCAACUGUUUUUGCAAAAAGGACUUCGCGCACCGGUAUGACUGAAGUCCUUCAGAGAUUUUCCAGGAUAGAUGUUAUGAAUUAGACAUGUAACAUUGGGCAUCAAAUUCCGCUGCCGUUCUAGAAUGCGGCGGCAAUAAAGAUUGAGAAAAUUACA